CGGUCCCCGGGAUGGGGCGCGGCGGGUCGAAGAGCGGCUUCCCCCGUGCGACUCCUGCGGGCCGCGUCGGGGAUGGAAGGCGUCGGCAGGCGACGAUUCCUCCGGGCCCAGAGGGGGCCCGGCGGGGCUCCCGCCGUGACCUGGCGGGGCUCGGGGGCUUCUGGCCCGUCUUCCUCGCCGAGCCUCCGGGCUCCUGAGAUCCGCAGAUUUUUGAGCCCGCGUACAGCAGCCGUCCACGUGGGAGUGCCGGGGCCCCUUGCCCGCCCGCCCGCCCGGUGAGACGCCAGCGGCGACAUCUGGUGGGUGGAGACAGACCGCGGUCCUGGGUCGACAGGCCUCGGUUCCGACCCACCAGGCCCUCUCCCUGCUGCUGGCUGCGCAAGCCGAGUAGGAGCGGGGGUCUCCCUUGGAGCACGUGAAGGCCGCUGCGGGCAUGUUAGACAUUGGCUAAUCCGCCUGCGGAACGAACCCGCCGUCGCCCCGCGAACUGAGCCGAGCCCGCCGGAGACCAAAGGAGCGUCCCGGGCAGACCGGGGAGCGCGUUCGGGCUGCAGCGUGCCUGACCAGGACGGCCGGGAGGGGGCGCUCCGGAGCAGCAGCCGGAGCGCCGCCCCCGCCGGCCCGCCUCUGCUAUAAGGGGCUCGCAGGCGCCGGGCGCCCCGUCGGGUUGGAGCUGGCCAUGGCUGCGAACCGGGUGGGGAGGCGCCUGGGGCGGGCGUCGCCGGCGCGCUCGACCGGGCUGUCUCCAGGGUUGGCCCGCGCGGAGCGGACGCCUAGCCCGGGCAUCCAGCGGCGCCAGGCGCGGGUCACCGUCAAAUACGACCGGCGGGAGCUGCAACGACGCCUUGACACGGAAAAGUGGAUCGACGGUCGCCUGGAGGACCUCUACCGGGGCAGGGAAGCAGAGAUGCCGGAUGAGGUGAACAUUGACGAUCUCCUGGAGAUGGCCACGGAUGAAGAGAGGGCCACCAAGCUGCAGGGCCUCUUGGAGUCGUGUGGCGACGCAGAGGGCUUCAUCAAGGAACUGCUGGAGAAGUUGAGAGGCCUCCGGACAGAGCACGUCCUCCGGCAAGCAAGUCCUGACCACCAGAAAGCCCCGGAAAUCCACGGGUAGGCAAGAGGAGGGAGCGAAGGAGCUCAGGGAAGAAAGAGCUGCUGCAGAAGCCAAGACAGGCCUGCUUCUUGGCGGCGGCGGCUGCCGCUGCUGCUGCUGCUGUGGUCCAGCUCCGGUGGGGAGAGAAGGGCCUCUGCCGGCCUCCCCCCCCCCAUGUCUCCUGCACACAGCUUGGGCCCUGUCUGGCCAUGAGGCAUCACCAGCCCAGCUCCCCCAUCAGUAUUUUCAAAUGCCCCCCCCCCUUUGUAUAAAACUCUGUAUAGGAAGACGUGAUCUUCAUGCUGCCCCUGUAAUUAAAGGUGCUCCGUCUUU